AUGUUCCGCAACGUGUUCGAUGCACUAGGGCUAAAGGACGCCGACCUGACGUCUCACCAGCACGGGGUUAUCGGGUUAGGCGACCACUUCAUCAAACCAGACGGAGUCAUUUCCCUACCAAUCUCGGUGGGGCAGAUACAAGGCCGAAGAUCGGCGAUGGACGAGUUCGUAAUUCUCCGAGAUUCCACAGCCUACAACAUCAUCUUGGGAAGAAAAACAAUCAAUGAUUUUGAAGCCAUAAUCAACACCAAGCUGCUAGUUAUGAAGUUCGUUACCGAUGAUGGAUCCAUAGGGACCAUAAGAGGAGACCUCGAGACGGCGGUCGCUUGUGACAACGCCAGCCUUUCCCUGAGAAAGAAGUCCAAGGAAGCAUCCGGCGUGUUCCUAGCCGACCUUGAUGCCAGAAUAGAGGACAAGCCGAGGCCAGAGCCAGAAGGGGACCUGGAGAAGUUUAGAAUCGGUGACGAAGAGGAAAAGUUCACAUUCGUUAACAAGAACCUCCCACAUGAGCUGAAGGAGCCUUUGAUUGAAAUGAUAAGAGCCAACAGGGACUUGUUCGCCUGGACACCAGCCGACAUGCCGGGCAUAGAUCCAAAAAUCAUCUCGCAUCAUCUAGCCGUCAAGACGGAAGCACGACCAGUGGCUCAACGGAGGAGAAAGAUGUCGGCGGAAAGAGCAGAGGAGGUAGCCAAGCAAACGGCCAGCCUCCUAGAAGCAGGCUUCAUACGUGAAGUGGACUACUCGACAUGGCUCUCGAAUGUGGUAUUGGCCCUGCCAUUCUUUAACCUCAUGAAGAAAGGGAUGGCGUUUGAGUGGACACCCGCGUGUGAAGAAGCCUUUCAACAUUUCAAGGAAAUCCUGGCGGCACCUCCUGUUCUCGGAAAGCCAAAGGACGGGGAACCACUAUACCUAUACCUCGCUAUAACAAGCGAGGCCCUGGCCGCAGUUCUGGUACGGGAGGACGGGAAGGCUCAACAGCCAAUCUAUUUCAUAAGCAGGGCCCUGCAAGGGGCGGAAUUAAGAUAUAGCAAGUUGGAAAAGCUAGCCUUAGCACUCCUAACUUCCUCGAGAAGGCUUAAGCAGUAUUUCCAAAGUCACCAAGUUGUCGUCAGAACGGACCAAGGGAUCCGGCAAGUUCUCCAAAAACCCGAUCUGGCAGGAAGAAUGAUGACUUGGUCCAUCGAGCUCUCCCAAUACGACAUACGAUACGAACCCCGGCAAGCCAUUAAGGCGCAGGCCAUGGCGGAUUUCUUAGUUGAAGUAACAGGAGACCCAAGCGAAGACGUGGGUACACGGUGGAAGCUCCAUGUGGACGGAGCUUCCAACCAGACCUUUGGAGGUGCCGGGAUCAUCCUGGAAAGCCCGGUCGGGGUUGUGUACGAACAAUCGGUCAGGUUCGAGUUUCCCAUCUCGAACAACCAGGCAGAAUAUGAAGCCCUUAUAGGAGGCUUAACCCUAGCGGCAGAAGUCGGCGCGAGGAGACUGGAAAUAUGCAGUGACUCCCAAGUCGUCACUUCCCAAGUAAACGGUAGCUACCAAGCCAAAGACCCCUUGCUUCAGAAGUACCUGGAAAAGGUUAAAAGCUUGAGCCAAAAGUUUGAAGAGGUCACGGUCCACCACGUACCUAGAGAAAGGAACAUACGGGCAGACCUCCUGUCGAAGUUAGCUAGCACAAAGCCGGGAGAAGGGAACCGGUCUCUCAUUCAAGGCAUGACGAGAGAACCCGCAAUCACACUGCACGUGACAAGCCUAGGUUCUUCAUGGCUAGACCCCAUCAUCGACUUCCUAGAACACGGCAAACUCCCUAGUGACCAAAAGGAUGCGGCGAAAUUGAGAAGGGAAGCGGCCAAAUACGCCGUCAUCCAAGGACAACUGUUCAGGAAAGGGCUCAACCAACCCCUACUGAAGUGCCUACAUCCCGACCAAACGGACUACGUCCUCAGGGAAGUCCAUGAGGGCUGCUGUGGGCACCACAUCGGAGGCAAGGCCCUAGCGAGGAAACUAAUCCGAGCCGGAUACUAUUGGCCGUCGAUGAUGACGGACUCCAAAGAGUUUGUGAAAAAAUGCGUAAAGUGCCAACAGAACGCCAACUUUGCCAGGGCGCCGGCCUCCGAGUUAAGCCUGCUAACGACCUCCCGGCCAUUCUCUCAAUGGGGAGUCGACCUCUUAGGACCCUUCCCAGUCGGCCCGGGGCAAGUCAAGAAAUUCAUGUGGAGGCAAGUGAUAACGCGAUUCGGGAUACCGGAGGUCGUCAUCUCGGACAACGACACGCAGUUUACUGACAAAAAGUUCACGGAAUUUCUCAACGGCCUGGGUAUAAGGCAAAAGUUCUCCUCGGUAGAACACCCUCAGACGAACGGACAGGUGGAGUCCGCUAACAAGGUUAUCCUUUCAGGGCUAAAAAAGAGGUUGGACAAUAAAAAGGGUGCUUGGGCCGACGAACUAGCAUCGGUCCUCUGGUCUUACCGAACAACCGAGCAAUCCUCCACCAAGGAAACCCCUUUCCGACUAACGUACGGGGUGGAUGCUGUAAUACCCGUAGAGAUCGGUGAACCGAGUCCGCGGUUGCUUUUGAAAGGAGUAGAGGAAACCGUAGAAAAGGACCUGAUAGAUGAAGCCCGGGAAAUGGCCCAUUUGACAGAAACGGCGCUAAAACAAAGAAUGGCUCUGCGCUACAACACCAAAGUGCUCAAGAGGGAAUUCGAGCCAAACGACCUCGUCCUAAAGCGAAAUGAUAUCGGCCCGCCGACCCCCGGAGAAGGCAAGCUAGCGGCUAACUGGGAAGGCCCCUAUAGAAUCAGGAAAGUGAUGGGAAAAGGAGCAUUCAAGCUAGAAAGACUUGACGGCAAAGAAGUCCCGAGAACAUGGAAUGCGGACAACCUAAGAAGAUUCUACUCCUAG